CCAGUACCCCACUGCCUACCUGUCCCCAGAGCCAUGGAGAGAGCCAGUCUGAUCCAGAAGGCCAAGUUGGCAGAGCAGGCUGAACGCUAUGAGGACAUGGCCGCCUUCAUGAAGAGCGCCGUGGAAAAGGGUGAGGAGCUCUCCUGUGAAGAGCGAAACCUGCUCUCCGUGGCCUACAAGAAUGUGGUGGGCGGCCAGAGGGCUGCCUGGAGGGUGCUGUCCAGUAUUGAGCAGAAGAGCAAUGAGGAGGGCUCGGAGGAGAAGGGCCCGGAGGUACAACAGUACAGGGAGAAGGUGGAGACUGAGCUCCGGGGCGUGUGUGACACCGUGCUGGGCCUGCUGGACACCCACCUCAUCAAGGAGGCCGGGGAUGCCGAGAGCCGGGUCUUCUACCUGAAAAUGAAGGGCGACUACUACCGCUACCUGGCCGAAGUGGCCACCGGGGACGACAAGAAGCGCAUCAUCGACUCAGCCCGGUCGGCCUACCAGGAGGCCAUGGACAUCAGCAAGAAAGAGAUGCCGCCCACCAACCCCAUCCGCCUGGGCCUGGCCCUGAACUUUUCCGUCUUCCACUACGAGAUCGCCAACUGUCCCGAGGAGGCCAUCUCGCUGGCCAAGACCACCUUCGACGAGGCCAUGGCUGACCUGCACACCCUCAGCGAGGAUUCCUACAAAGACAGCACCCUCAUCAUGCAGCUGCUCCGAGACAACCUGACGCUGUGGACGGCCGACAACACCGGGGAAGAGGGGGGCGAGGCUCCUGAGGAGCCCCAGAGCUGAGGCAGGCCUGCUACCCUCCCCGCCCUGCCCUCUCCAGUCCCCCACCCCCAGCAGAGAGGACUUGUAUGGGGUGGGAGACCCGACCUUUCUCCUUGUGUGCUCUGCUCCAGCUCAGAAAAGAUCCCUGCGACGGGACCAGCAGAGCUGUGGCCACCUGGAGCCAGGGGAGCCCACUGUUCGUGCAGCUGUCGGGUGCUCCUAACCACUGGUCAUCCCACAGCCCUGCUCUCUGCACCCCCUUCUUCGAGACCCCACCUGUAAACCAGGCCACUUCUUCCCUGCUCUUGAUUCCCUCCUGCCCCUGCUGCCUCUGGAUCUUAAGAAUUGAGGAGGGUCCCACCCUUGUGUCUGAUGCGGACUGUGUGGCCAAGGCUGGAGAUGUGUGUGUGUGUGUGUGUGUGUGUGUGUGUGUGUGUGUGUGUGUGUGUGUGGGUGGGUGUGUGGGUGUCUGUGUGAGAAUAAGACCCAGAAUAAGAGGGAAAGUAUGUCUGCUGGGUGUGACCAUGUUUCCUCUCAAUAAAGUUCCCCUGUGACAC